GGGAGCAGCCGGGGCAGCUCCGCUCCUCCACCCCUUACGCAGCACGUCCUCUGACGCUAAGCGGCGCAACCUCCCACGUGACGUCAGACGCAGGCGGGCAGAUCGGCGAGGCGAGGCGGAGCGGAGCCGAGGGGACGGGGUCUGCAGGAGUAACGGCCGCGGCCGCGGACUUAGUCGGCUUUCCGCGCUUGGUCAGCGGCUCCGUUUGGUCCGGACUAGUUUCCCGCGAAACGGGAGCGCAAGAGUCGCCGCGGCAUCCUCUGCAUUUCGUUCCAUCGCCAUGGGAGUCCGCGGUGUACGGCGCAUUUGGGCUCGAUGCGGUCGUCUUCUCUCAACAUCGGCAGCCUCCCGCCUGUCGAACGCGGAGCUGCUUCAGAAACGCAGCAAGCUGUUCGAUCAGGAGAAAGCCAGGCAGCAAACUCUGGUACCGCGGAUCGAGAAGAUCGAAGUUAAACACGUGGGGAAGCCUGAACCAGGAGCAGUGUUCAUCAUGAACAAGGGUCUGUCAACCCCCUACAACUGUGCCAUGCACAUCAGCAAUUGGUGCGUCAAGAGGUCAAUACUUGCACUUGUUGAUGGAGAGGUCUGGGACAUGUACAAACCCCUGGAAAAAUCCUGUGACAUCCAGUUCCUCACCUUUACUGAUGAGAACCCUGAAGCUGUUAACCAGGCUUAUUGGCGGUCGUGUGCCAUGAUGAUGGGUUACGUCCUUGAAACAGUUUUUAAAGAUGAAUACACCGUUGAACUGAUCCAAGCACCAGAAAUACCAGUGAUUGCUGGAGCUUUCUGCUACGACGUGAUACUGGACAGCCGGUUGGAUGAUUGGACACCCUCACAGGAGAACCUACAGUCCCUGACUCAAGAGGCUCACCGACUUAUCCACAAAGACCUGCCCUUUGAGCUGCUGGAGGUACCACCCAAGGUGGCCCGGGAGAUCUUUGGGGACAACAAACACAAACUGGAGAUGAUUGAGGAGCGGGCUUCCCACCACCCCAGGAAACUGGUAAAGCUGUACAGGUGUGGUGAUUUUGUCGAUGUCAGUGACGGGCCACACAUCUCCCGCACUGGAAUCUGCUCACAGUAUGAGAUCACUGCUGCCCACAAUCUGGGCACAAGCCAGUCCGGCCUGGAGCGCAGAUUCCAGGGGCUCUCAAUACCCCUUCACCUGAAGACCUUUUACUCUGUAUGGGGAAGAUUAAGGCAGCGAUCCCAGAAACUGGUUACAGCGGACAGAAAUCACACGGACAACAGACAUCAAGCAAUAGCGUUUGAGGAGAUUGGAGGGAGAGAGACUCAGCAAGAAAGGGCAUCCGGUCUGCUUUAGUUAUUGAAUAAAUGGACCAAUUGUAUGCAGUAAAAUGAAAACCUUUCUGUAUUGAAUCCUCUGGAGCCAAGCUCUGUAAAGCUACAGGCUGGCAGAGUUGAAUCUCCUGGCGUGUGCUCCCAGUGACAAUGAGAUGGAAUAUCUGAUAUAACCGGCGGACAAAUCUAGGAAGGCAUCAUAUUUGGGUUGACCCUUGACCUUGUCUUUGCUUAGCCAUGCGCUGAAGAUGCAGCGGCUAACCGGAAUCAAUCUCAGUCAGCACCUCUCUGUAAAUUUGUUGUUUGUCAGAAGUUCCAGCAUUUUAAUUAAACUGUUCUUUUAAAACUGUCUCUGUCCUGGGAGGUUGCCAGCAGUGGUAUUGUAAGGGGCUACGGGAACGUCAGUGGUCUGUGUACACGGGGAGAGGCUUUAGCUUGGCUCAGUGGGUGUAACUGCACCACAGUGUGGAUCUACUGAGAGUACUGCACUGACAGAAACAGGCCCUUCAGCCCAACCUGUCCCUACUAACCAAACUGUCUGACUCAGGGGGAAAGGACAUUGACUAUCCAAGCUCAUCUUAAACACCUCUAUCAAAUCUCCUGUCACUCUUGGUCCAAAAAGAAAAACCCAAGCUUGCUGAACCUACCCCUCAUAAGACAUGCUCUCCAAUCCAGGCAGCAUCCUUGUAAAUCUCGGGCAUGUUCUCUAAAGCUGACCAUCUUGUACAGUACUGUAUUGGUCAACGGAGAGCAGAGAUCAAGUUUGCAAAAGGAAAGGAUGUUGGGAAUGGUGAAUGUGGAGGUGCCAUGGGAGGGUGUGGGACAGGUGGCAGAAAGGAGUUCCAAGGUUGGGGUGGGGGAGCGGUAACAUUGGUGCAGACACCUCUGCCCUAGCCACCAGGCAAUGUAGUUUGUUUAUUGAUCAUUACAGAACAUGUCUCUGGUGCUUCCCUUCCCUUUUUCCCAGUCAUGAUUCCCCUCUCCCUGCCCCCUUCCCACUCUCAGUCCCCAACAGAGACCCAUAUCAGGAUCAGGUUUAUCAUCACUCACAGUAUUGUGCAUAGGUCUGUACCCUAGCUAUAUAAUAGGUGCUUAAGAGUUUUGCACAGUAAUGAAUUUCUGAUUGCUGGUUCUCGAUUUCCUCAAGAAGUGUAUGUUUUCUUUUCUAUAAAAGACUAUUUGGUCCAUGAAAUCUAUCCUGUUCCCACAAUGUUUCCCCUCAAAUUAACUGUCUGAUAUGCCCCACCACAUAAGUGGAAGAGUAAUUUAUCAUAAUCAUUUAACCUACCAACAAAUCUGUUAGCUGUGGAAAGAAACUGGAGCAUUCAGGGCAACUGAUGUAGCCAUAGAAUAACAUUUAAAUUCUACACUUGAAAGGUUAGGAAUUUGAGGGCUACGUCGAUCUGAUCAGCCACGAUCAUAUUGAAUGGCAGGUGAGGUGUGAGGGGUUGAGUGACCACCUCCUUUUAUGCUUCACAGGCACUUACAGAGUUCACUAUCCCACCUAGGGAGCAGUAUUUGUCAUCACACCACGGUUAGUAUUGUGUCCUCCUUCACCCCUGGAUGAUCACAUUCCUCACAUAAACAUCUACUGAAUCAAGAGCCUUCAGUAUUGUACAGAGGCAACAAAAGAAAACCCAGCUAUCACCCCCUGGCAUUCAGUGACAUUACCACCACUAUCAAUAUCCCAGGGAUACCACUGAACAGAAUCUGAAUAACAUUAGCUAGAGGCAACCUAGUAGACCACGUCUGAGGCUGGGAGUAACACCAUAUAACUCCUCAAAGCCUUUCCACCAUUUACAAGUCUCAAGUCAGGAGUGUGAUGGUGAUGGAACACUCCUCUUGCCUGGAUGACAACAUUCAAAACUCAAAAUAAAUUCUUUAUCAAAGUAUG